AUGAUACGCUAUCUAUUAUCUGUCUAUUUUGAUUUUGCAGUUGUCAUUAUUGAUAGUCGAGGAUCGAGUGAUCGUGGUUUGGAGUUUGAAGCCCAUAUUCGUCACCGUUUAGGUAUAGUUGAACUAAAGGAUCAACUAGAAGGGUUACAUUUCUUGCAUAACACUCAAUUUGUCAUUGACUUGAAUCGAUUAGCUGUGACUGGAUGGUCUUAUGGUGGCUAUUUGAGUUUGAUGGCAAUAGCACAAUACUCGGAUAUUUUUAAAAUGGCUAUUGCAGGUGCUCCAGUGACGGAUUGGGAGCUCUACGAUGCAGCGUACACGGAACGUUAUAUGGGGUUUCCAGAAGAGAAUAAAUUUGCUUAUGAAAAGAGUAAUAUUAUGAAUUAUGUUGAAAAAUUUCCCAACAGUGAACAUAGAUUGCUGAUUGUCCACGGACUAAUUGAUGAAAACGUUCAUUUUAAAAAUACAAAGGUUUUGGUAGAAGCAUUAGUGAAGCUUCAAAAGCCACAUUAUUUGCAAGUGUAUCCGUCAGAAAAGCAUGGGCUUCGACAUGCAAAUGUUAAUGAGCAUUUUGAGACUUUAAUGUUCUAUUGGCUCAAGAAUUACCUAUAG